UGGGCGAACCCUGCGGAUGUAUCAACCAUCCUCAUGAUCAUCAGCGGUGAUGUGGUCAAAAAGGCCUUUGCUCAAAGUACGGGGAAGCUCUACACACCCAUGUGCUUCUCCUUUGGAUGUGUGGCAUACGCCUUCACGGCGCUGAUCGGCAUCAUGGGCGACGGAAGACUGCUACUCCCCCCGGAUUACCCCGUUAAGGUCUUCAACCUCGAGUCCGGCAACAGCAAGGAAAACCACAACUGGGUCCUGGGACGGAUCCUGCGAGACCUUGAGACAGUCGGCAAAGGUGCUACCGCUCAGCUGGCCACCACACUGCUCCAACUCGGCGUGGCCGCCAUCCCCGCCAUCCCCACCUUCGGCGGCGACUGGAGCGUGCUGUUCAUCACGGCCGUCGGCACGCUGCUGAUCCAGAUGAUCGGCGUGCUGCCGCAGUGGGUGGCCGAGAAGCUGCCCAACCGGCAGCACGCGCGCGGCACCUUUGCGCUGACGGCGGGUAACGGCUCGCGCGACGUCAUGGUCAUACUUGGUGCGGGUCGCUGCUUGGACCUCGAGCAGAUGGCCAACGCCGAGUCGCCCCGCAAGGGCUGGCUGGCCAGUCGGCGGCAGAGCAGGUUUGUGGCGGGGCUCCCGUUUGGGUUCUGGUUGACGCGGGUGGUGCUCAUCAUGGUAUCCAUUUUCUCACUCCUGCUUCUGGUCAAUGUGACGGUGACGAAGGACCACGGCUGGUAUAUCCUGCUGAUCGGUGCACUUGGCAUGUUCCAAAAUGGCGUGCUGGCGGGAAUGGGGAUGUCCACAGCAGUCCGGAACCUCCCGCUCAGAAGGCUGGAAGUGGCCCGCACGAAGAAGGUUAUGGACGGGAUUAUGGACUUCCACGCUGCCUAUCCAAAGCUGAGCCGCUGCCUGCUGCGGGAGUUCUUUCCGGGGCCGCUACGGGAAGCUGAGGAGAGGUGGUGGAAUGGUGACUUUGAACCUUAUGAACGACUGAGGCAGGAAGACCCGACAAGAGGAACGCCGAGG